AGAGGUUUUUUUUUUAAUUUUCAUUAUAAAAAAAAUCAGCUAUUCCUAACCCAUCACUAGAAGUAAUGUAGCAUUCUCUUGGGAGGGUCAGGUCACAAAACCCUGAGGCGAGGCCAAGUCUUCUCAUUAUUAUUUGCCACCAAAACACAUCUGUGUGGAGUAAUAUUCCAGGGACGUUAGCCGCCCCUGACUACUGACAAAACAUUUUUAUUUGGUCGCUGUGAUAAAUUAGUAGUUGUAGGUUGCCAAAAUACAACAGCUCAAAGGAAACAUUAUUGGCCGUGAACGCUCCCCUGAGGUGAAUCAUUGGCGUGUGGCGUCCAAAAUAGAUACUAGGGGAUGUUUAUUAGAUCUUUGCCCUCCCAUUAUUGUUGCAAACACAGAAUAAAUGUCCCCACAUAAAUGUUGUGUCAAGGUAGCUGCACACCUCCACAGCGAGCAGGUCAUGUGGCCUCUCUGCAUGUCAGUAAUUUGAUAUGAGCUGCAAACAACGACUGUCUCUGGGUAACCGGCACUCACUGCUUCAUUAUGCCUGACAGCAGAUCUACAGUAUGACCUGCUCUGUCAACCAGACACACAUACAAACACACUCUGGAGUUCCUCCACAGGCAGUAAUGACUGCAGUUGUGGAUUCCUUCAAGCCUUUCUCUGCAGAGCUACACGUCAUAAAACGGCUGAACACCAGUUUGUACCAGACCGGUGGUAGAAAUGGACUCGAACCCGGACGAUCGACUUCUCCUUUCUCUAGAUUUCACCCCCCUGCCGAGCACGUCGCCCUCGCCCCGUUACGAAACGACGUUCCCCUGCUGGACCCCUGCUGUGGUCAGCUGAGCGCCGGAGCAGAGGUAGACCUGGGGGUCAAAGGUCGACAGAAAUUCAUAGGUUUCCGUCAUGUGCCCUCUGCUCUGUGGGUUCCGCCAGGUUUUAGAGAGAGGCCACAAACAGCCCCAAAUCCCUCUGGAGUCAGUGUGGACCUGAGCGAGGACAAGGCCUGGAACUCCAGGAGGAUCCCUGACGCAGUCUUGAGAGCAAGACUCAACGGUUCAACCAGUGCUGAUAAAGUUCAACCAAACUCACCGAGGACGUUUGUUAAAGCAGCGAAGCACAGCAGUCUCCCUGAUAAACACACUGGACCUCAGACACUCAAGGCGCUUGGCUCAGAGAUGUUUAAUGGACAGAGCUCCCUGUUCAUUUUGUGCAGGAGUUAUGAGGAAGUAGGCUGGGAUAUAAAGCUACCACGGCGCUUGAAGGCACCAGAGACGACCCUGGAGAAAAUGGCAGACCCGGUGUGUGAGCGCCCCUCAUCCAGGCGCUACCACAGCCAACCCCAACUGUGGCAGUCUAUUGGAUCUGAGUGGAAGAGGCAGCAGCUUCGAUCGAGGAAUGAUGCCAAGAAACCAAUAUCUUUCUGCAGUGGAUGUCCAAGGUCGGGUCAAAUCCCUCUGUACACAGGGACGAUCGGCUCUGAGAACAUGGACGACAUCGACAACAUGGAUGAAGCCUUCCGCCCUCUGACCCUGAAGAGGAGCGUUGUGCCCCCGUACACGCCAACAUCACGUCGAACCACCAUCCCUGGUUACACAGGCAAAGCUGCCUACGCAAACCCUGGUGCUGAUGCUGCAGUCUCUGUCCCGGCUAUCUCCACUCCUGCACGCUCCUCUGGGAUAAUCGAAGAGGCAGGGUGUCGGUCUGUUUUCGGGUAUGCGGCGCCCCUGUCCAGGAUGGUGACCACCGUGACCCCCUGUAACCCGUCCCUGAGACCUGCACUUCCUGCCUCGCACGCCAAAAAAACAACAACACACACACACACGAAGAGACAUUAGACAAAAGCAGAUGAGAAAGUUUUGAAGGUGUCAGCUUCCUCUGUAUGCCAUCCAAUCUGUUUAUAUGAAUACGUCUAUAAUGAUGUGAUGUCAGUGACUGAUUCGGAGUGAGUUGGAGAAUAAUGAGAUGCCCCCAUUAUCAUAAUUUCCCUGAUUUAGAUGAGUGGUUUUCUAACUCUGGGUAGUGAGCGCCUGCAUUGUCCUCUUAAACAUUCACUCUCUCACUCACUCACUCACUUUGUGUGUGCGUUUGUGUAUUUCAGCCCACACACUGUGUUUCUAUCAUGAAAGGCAAAGAGAGGGGGACAAAACAGAGGAAACACUGAAGGGAAAUGAGGAAUUUCUAAACUUAAUGUUACAUAUUUAACAGUAUAAACUAUAGUGGGUAUAUUAGCUCCAUUAUAAGCAAUGUUCUGGUGUUAACUCGGGCCAAUUUGCUCAGGAAACAUAUUAAAUACAGACUGUACUCUACACUGACUGCACACAUCACACAGAGGUGUUAGAUUUCUGUAGCUGUGACUCCAAUGCAAAUCAACAUUAUUAAGUGUCUGCCAGCUUAUAGCUUUAUGUCUGUGGUUUGUGCAGCUUCACGCUUAGACAGGAAAUAGGGAUGAGCUGGUUUUCCUGUUUCUCUUCAUUUAUAUUUUUGUUUAGAUUUACAUUUCGCAAGGAUUUGUACUUCAACACACUGCUGAUUUUUUUUUGCGAGGAGUUAAGAUUAUUUCACAUUUAUCUCCGUUAAAGGGACAGUUUGAUGAUUUUAGUGUUGGGACUCAUAAGAGAAAGAGUGGUCAUGCUUAACAAAGCAGAGGCUAAAACACCCUGAGUUUUAGUUUUUAAUAUCCAGAAAUGUUGGUCCUACAUUUCCCAUUAUGCAACUCUUACCAGAGAUCAUCAGGGGAUUUUAGAAAGCUCAACUCAGAGCUGCACAAGACACGAUACACCUGCUUUCACAGGCUGUAUUUUUCAUUAAGAAGUACUCCACAGCAAAAGUAAUCAGUUACAUUACUCCCUCAGAGCUCCAGCUCCAUCAAAACUCAAAAUCCUCCAAACCUCUACUUCAAAUAUUCUCUAGAAAGUAGAAAAUGAGACAUUAUUUAAGUGUGUGUAUUUAUUGACUGACAACAGCGAGAUUAGCCCAAGCAACUGCACACAUGUCGGCUAUGAACACACAACAUUUAAAUACGACAACUUUGGAGUUACUAGGAGUUGUAUUUCUCCUCUGUUGGUGGACGCUAACCACAGAAACUAAACUGUUAUCAGCUCUCCAUCAGACUCCUGGUAUGACUCGACUCCUAAAUUGUCAGAGUAAUGGAGUAUUGUACAGUACUCUAUUGAGACGAUCUGGGUUUUUAAAAUGCAAAGAAAAGACUUUUCUGUUAAUUGCAAAACUGUUGUGUAAAGCAAGAUCACAUCAUGCACAUCAAUCAUUAAUCAUUGCUAUGCUAGCUGCUCAAUGUAUACACAUGCUGUUUUUUCUUUUUAAUGCUUUAAACAAUGAAUAAAGACCCACUCUGCUCUACAGGAACAGUGUUGAUUUCAUGGGUGAUCUGUAGCUUUAGCUUCUAUCUUUAUCUUUCUAUCAUGUUUUCGCUGCUUUUUCCCACGUUUGAAUAAAAGUUUUGAAUAAAUCUGACAACGCUAAGCUUACUGCCCUUUGACUGUUCUACUUCUUCCUAGUCUUUAUGUUAAGCUAAGGUAAACAUCUCCUGACUAUUUGCAUCUCUUCCCAAUCUUUAUGCCACGCAAAGCUAAGCUAACCAUCUCCUGACUGUUUCCCCCUCUUCCCAGUCUUCAUGCUAAGCUAAGCUAAGCAUCUCUGGAUUGUUUCCCCUCUUCCCAGUCUUAAUGCCCAGUUAAGCUAAGCUAACAUCUCCUGACUAUUCCCCCCUCUUCCAAGUCUUUAUGCUAAGCUGAGCUAACCAUUUCCUAGCUCUAGCUUCAUAUGUAGUUCACAGACAUGACAGUGGUAUCAAUCUUCUCGUCUAACUCUCGGCAAGAAAACAAGGAAACACGUUCCCCUGAAAUGUUAGCCUUCUUAUAAACAGGUAUUGUACUCAGGCUGUUGUAUUUAAAGCCAAUAAAACUGAGCAACCCUCCUCACAGCAAUCAUAACUCUAUUUGCUAAGAAAAAAACCCGCCCCACCACCACCACCACCACCUCCCUCCUCCUCCUCAGAUUUUCCAGCCUGUGGUCUGAAUCUCAUCACCGACUCCUUUUCAAAACAGGCUCACAAACAUCGUGAUUGAUUCAGCCACUAUCCUCCAGGAUCUCUCAAUGCCUGCCUGGGCUGGAGAUUAAUUUCCUUUUCCUCAUCUUAAUUUUUACUCAUCGCCUCUCUAUAAAAAGGCUAAAUGUCAAGCAUGCCUGACUCCUUCUAGUGACACGUCUAUUCCAGCAGAUAAUUACCAUAAGGAAAUUGAUGCUUUAGUGUGCAGAGGGGAAUUUAAUUUACUCUGACAUCCUCACAGCAUAAUGCAUUCCUAAAGAAAGAGAGUUUUUCAGUUUGCAAUUGACUUUUUAGAUAAAUUGGACUAUUUAAUGUGAUUAUCAGUCUUGAACGUCUUUGACUUAUUAAGGUGUUGAAACCAAUUAAGGGUUACAUGCUGGCUCGUGCUUCCAAAUGUGAAACAGUGAAUACUGCUUAAAGAUCCAUGAAAUAAGAACCAGCCGGAGCCUAUUGUUCAGCGGCCGAGCGGCCGCGUUGCCUGAUGAUGUUUUGAGACUUGCCAGGUAAUGAUAUUAAUUACAGCAACACGGGUUUGCUGCAGGUUAACCUCAGGGAGCAGGGGGUUAUGUUUAGCUUGAUUUGUGGCUGAGGAUUUGCAGCCUGUACACGAUGUUUAUGGUGCGUUCCAGUUGUACUCAGAAGUCAGACUUUCUGAGCUCCUGGAACUGGAACUGGAACGCCCCCUGAAAUCAGGAUUCCAACUUGGAAAGUUGGAGCAACGUAAGAAUUCAUUUGGUGCGUUCCACACUUCAGUUGUUAACAUUAGAUUUUAAUGCAAAUGCUUCAGAACGUUCUUAAAAGGCCUUUUAAUUUAACUGUUUGAGAAAAAAACAAAACGUCAGCAGAGUGUUCACAACUAUUGAUGUGAGGAGCAGCCAUCUUGAAUUCUUGUGUCAGGGAUUGGUGGGGUUGCUCCGAUUUUCCGAGCUGGAAAUCCGACUUUGGGGAUUGUUUUAUUGGAAAAUUCCGACUAGGAACUCGGAAAUUCCGACUUCUGAGUGCAACUGGAACACAACGCUAGUCAGAAGUUUCGACUAGAACCCCCCCUGAAGUUGGACUUCCAGCUCUUGAACAGUUAAAUCUGAACGGCUUUUUAAGAACGUUCUAAAGUGUUUGCAUUAAAAUCAACUCCCGACCUCCGGUGUAAACGGAACGCAGCAUGAAUCUGAAACGCUGCAGAGUUAAGUAACUCCUCUGCAGAAACCUGCGUCCGUAGAUGUUCGGAUGAUUAUCAGGGUCGAUCCUACUUAUCUAAACUUCUCUAAAAAGCUUGCCUGAAUCAUUGUCCUGACAGUGCGUCGGCUCUCAGCGGCUGAAGCUGCUGUGUCACCCAUGGAGGGGGGAGGGUGGAGGGGGGGCGGUAUCUCUAGGUCCUGGAAGACCCCAGUCAUGACUGGACGCCCCUGUUUGUUCGCUGAUAGCACCGAGUCACAUUCAAGUCCCAGCAUUCCCUCUGCGUGGCCUCAACCGGGAGUCACCCCCUCCUCCCUCCAUCCG